CAUUCACUUCAAGUGGCUGGUAAACAACGUAAAAGUUCAACAGUCUUUCUCACCUUCAGUGUCCUGGACAGAGCAGCUUCAGUUGCGUGUAAUUUUGGGUCUUUGUCAGGUUCCACAUGACUCGUUCGUAACUGCGUUUUACCCGCGCAUAGUCUACGCCCGGUAUUAACGACGUUACAAGAAGCUGCGCUUGUGGAUUUGUUUCUAAAAUGUGGCCGUUUAGUCGAUCGUGUCAAAGCACGGCUCGCUUAGUCGGAAGAACCGUUGUCAUAACCGGUGCCAAUACGGGGAUCGGGAAGGAGACCGCACGGGAUCUUUACAGAAGAGGCGCCAGAGUUGUCCUAGCAUGCAGAGAUCUGAACAAGGCCAAUGCUGCGAUUGAGGAACUGAAAAGCGUUCCACCCUCAUGUCCGACCCGGGAACAGUUCGUCGGAGAACCUGGCGAAGUUGUCGCUUGUAAAUUGGAUCUGAACAGUUUAGCCAGCGUCAGAGAAUGUGCGAAACACAUUUCGACGACGGAGUCAGCUGUUCAUGUUCUUAUCAACAAUGCCGGGGUCAUGAUGUGUCCGAAAGGGGUCACGGAAGACGGCUUCGAGACUCAGUUGGGCACCAAUCACCUCGGUCACUUCCUCUUCACACUGCUGCUCCUUCCAAAGAUCAUUCAAAGUCGAAAGGACUCAGACCCCUGCUCCAGGAUCAUCAAUGUUUCAUCCAUGGCUCACGCAAGAGGUGACAUCAACUUCGACGAUCUGAUGUCAGAAAAGUCAUACAGUCCAUUGAAGGCCUACAACCAGAGCAAGGUGGCCAACGUGUUGUUCACGCGAGAAUUGGCUCGCCGAUUGAAAGAGGCGAACAUUACCGGUAUUAACGUCUAUACCCUCCAUCCGGGGGUCAUCAAGUCUGACCUGGGUCGUCAUCUCAGCGCAGGUCCCAGAUUUUUAUUGGGAAUUUUUCGACCCUUCAUCAAGAAUAUCGAGCAAGGAGCUCAGACAACCAUUCACUGUGCGGUUGACGAGGAAGCAGCCAAGGAGACGGGCCUUUAUUACAAGGAGUGUGCGCCAACCUCACCUUCGUCAGUGGCACUUGACGACGCGAAGGCAGCCAGACUUUGGGACACAAGCAUAAAGUUGGUUGGUCUUCCGACUCACAAUUUGACCGAACUGAUUGAGCAGGUUUCCAAGGAUUAUAUCAAGUGAGCGUCUCACUGGUGAUUGGGAUUAGAUUGUCCAUGGUAUUCCGGGCAAGCAGUGUUCGCGGCAUCUUGUGGAAGUUGAACAACUGCUCCCCUCUAUCGAACACAGGAUAAAUUAUUUUUAUUUUUGAUUUAAUUAGCGUAGAGUAAGUCUCGCACAAGCUAUGUAACGUCUAUACAUGUAUUUUAUCGAAAAUAAAUUAUUUUUAUGUUAA